AUGGCUGCGGACCUGGAGUCUGGCCUGCUGCAGAGCAUCGAUGAGGCUGGUUCCAUCCAAGACACCGGCGCCUAUGCCGAGUCACACAGUGUCGAUCACAUGGCCCUGGUCGGAGUGAUGAAGAGUCUGCUAGCGGCCGAGCUUAUUCUGGUCGAGGAUAUCGAUCACUCACGCCUGGCCCUCACCGAGGAGGCGAGGCUGUACCUGGAGGCAGGUUCGCCCGAGGCGCAGGUCUUCAACGCCAUUCCUGAGUCUGGCAUCUCACUGGCCGAUCUCAAGGUCAAGCUCGAUGGCACCGUGGGCGACGUGGGUUUCAAGCAGGCCAUGCAACAGCGAUGGGUCGCCAUCAGCAAGGAGGGUGGGGCGCCCCUCGUCAUGCGGAAGGUGCCCACCAUCCAGGAUGCCGUGCAGACGGCGCUGGUGGCAGUGGACCGGGGGCAGGAUACUGAGGUGGCCGCCGCCACUGUGGCAGCCCUGAAGAAGCGGAAGCUGCUCACGACAGAGGCCUGGAAGACGUACCGCCUGACCAAGGGCAUUAAGUUUGCGCGGCAACGUGUCAAGGAAGCCACCGAUCUCACGGCCGACAUGCUUGCCAAGGGAACAUGGAGGGAUGCACCCUUCAAGGCCUACAACUUUGACGCCCUGGGUCUAGCGCCCCCCAGUGGCCACCUGCACCCCCUCCUCAAGGUGCGCACCGCCUUCCGCAAGAUCUUUGUGUCCAUGGGCUUUGAGGAGAUGCCCACCAACAACUACGUGGAGUCGUCCUUCUGGAACUUUGACGCGCUGUUCCAGCCGCAGCAGCACCCCGCCCGCGAUGCCCACGACACCUUCUUCCUCACCUGCCCCGCCACGACGCCAUGCUCCAGCCUGCCCCAGGACUACCUGGAGCGGGUGCGGGAGACACACCAGACGGGGGGCUGGGGCUCCACCGGCUACGGGUACGCCUGGCAGGAGGCCGAGGCGGAGAAGAACCUGCUGCGCACGCACACGACGGCGGUGUCUUCCCGCAUGCUGUACCGCCUGGCGCAAAACGGCUUCCGCCCCGCCAAGUACUUCUCCAUCGAUCGCGUGUUCCGGAACGAGGCGGUGGACCGCACCCACCUGGCCGAGUUCCACCAGAUCGAAGGGGUGGUGGCGGGGGUGGGGCUGACACUGGGCGACCUCAUCGGCACAUUGACCGAGUUCUUCGCGCGUCUGGGCCUGCCCACCCUGCGCUUCAAGCCCGCCUACAACCCCUACACCGAGCCCAGCAUGGAGAUCUUCAGUUACUCCGAGCAGCUGGGCAAGUGGAUCGAAGUGGGCAACUCGGGCAUGUUCCGGCCGGAGAUGCUACGGCCCAUGGGACUCCCAGAGGACGUGAACGUCAUCGCCUGGGGCCUGUCCCUGGAGAGGCCCACCAUGAUCCUGUACGGCAUCGACAACAUCCGGGACCUGUUCGGCCACAAGGUGGCGCUGUCCAUGGUCAAGCGGAAUCCCCUCUGUCGGCUGGGCCUCUGA